AUGCCGAGCAAACCUGCUCCCAUUAAAAAGUCUCCAGCCAAGAAGGCUGUAGAGAAGACACCUGAGCCUGCCCCGGAGCCUCAGCCCGCUCCACCUGCUGAGACACCGGCUGAGGCAGCUCCUGCAGCCGGGGGGGAAGCAGCUCCAGAGGCUCCUGCAGAGGAGAACUGCACGGCUGAAGCAACAACUCCAGCUUCGGCUCCCACUGUUGAAGAUAAUACUGCUACAGCUGCAGAUGCUCCAACGGAUGCUGCGCCUGCAGAAGCUGAUGCAGUUGAGGUGCCACCUAAAGCCCCUACACCUCCUCCUCCUGCAGCUCCCACCAGUGCUCCUCUGGAUGUGUCUGUGGACGAUGUUAACGACUGCAGCCUCACCAUUCAGUGGACAACUCCAGCGACUGUGGGAGAGUCUGGCUUGAAUGGAUACGCUGUCGAGUACUGUAAGGAUGGAGCGACUGAGUGGAUUGUAGCUAAUGAGGAGCUGACCCCAGCUAACCGCUUCUGCAUCAGGAACCUGACAGCAGGUGACGUGCUGCGUGUGCGCGUGGUGGCUGUAAACUCUGGAGGGCGAAGUGAACCCGGUGUGCUUCCCGAGCCUGUGCCCAUUCGGGAAAUAGUUGAUCGACCCAAGAUCCGGUUGCCUCGAGCUCUCAGGUCCCGAUACAUCAAGAAGGUUGGGGAGCAGAUCAACCUGGUCAUCCCAUUUAUAGGUAAGCCCAAACCUGUAGUGACCUGGCUCAAGGAUGGUCAGCCUUUGGAUACGAAACGAGUCAACAUCAGGAGCACUGACAGGGACAGCAUCCUGUUUAUUCGCGGCGGUCAGAGGGAGGACUCUGGUGUUUAUGAAAUCAUGGUUAAAGUGGACAGCUUUGAAGACAAAGCAAGAUUCACCCUUCAGAUUGUAGAGCUCCCUGGUGCUCCUGCAAGCAUGAAGCUGGUAGAUACAUGGGGCUUCAACGCUGCAUUGGAGUGGACUCCCCCCAAGGAUGAUGGCAACUCAGAUAUCACUGGUUACACUGUCCAGAAGGCUGAUCAGAAAACAAUGGAAUGGUUCACAGUGCUGGAGCACUACCACCGACUGUCUGUCACCAUCUCAGACCUCGUCAUGGGUAACUCAUACUUCUUCAGGGUGUUCGCUGAGAACCAAGUGGGCCGGGGCGAGAUGAGUGCUGUCACCAAGGAGACGGCCACAAUCCAGAAAACAGGUAUUGUGUACAAACCUCCUGGGUACCAGGAACAUGACUUCAGUGAGGCACCCAAGUUCACCACCCCCCUCAUCGACCGUGCAGCCACCGUGGGAUACACAACCAAGCUGCUGUGUUCUGUUCGAGGAAGUCCCAAGCCUAAGAUCGAGUGGUUAAAGAAUCAGAUGAUCAUUGGUAAUGACCCCAAGUUUCGUCAGAUUUCCACCCAGGGGAUUUGUUCCCUCGAGAUCCGUAAGCCGUGCAGCUUUGAUGGUGGUGUGUACACCUGCAGAGCCAAGAACGCCCAGGGAGAAGCCGCUGUAUCCUGCAAACUGGAGGUCAAACAGGUUAUUCUUCCAGAAGCUAACAAAGAAAAGGGGAAAUAAACCAAAAUGUCCAGAGUGUCUUUAAAGAAGCAACAAAAUCCAGGUCUUAUGUUUUAAGAGUGUUACAGUAAAUGAAUGAAGAAGCAACAGCUGGCUGUGCUGAAGUGUGAAAAUAGCAAAGGAAGGAACGGAAAGACGCAGCAACAUAUCUGCACAGUUCUGACUGUCCCAGUCCUGAUGCUGUAUAAGGAAGACAAACACCACACCCAUCCCAGUUUG